AUGAGAAACGGAAACUAGAGCGCGUCAGCGGAAGUGAGGCUCGGCCGUUGUAGCUGAUAGACUUCAUUGUCAGUAGCGGUAGUGGACUGAUAUCCGUGACUGCAAAAUGCCGGACUUAGCGGUAGAAAAUGUUGUUGUCCAUCCCUUGGUCUUGCUCAGCGUGGUGGACCACUUCAACAGAAUAGGGAAGGUUGGCAAUCAGAAGCGAGUGGUUGGAGUUCUGCUUGGAUCCUGGCAUAAGAAGAUUCUUGAUGUGUCAAACAGUUUUGCAGUUCCAUUUGACGAGGAUGACAAGGAUGAUUCUGUCUGGUUCUUGGACCAUGACUACUUGGAGAACAUGUAUGGCAUGUUUAAAAAAGUGAAUGCCCGAGAAAGAAUAGUUGGAUGGUACCAUACAGGGCCGAAACUCCAUAAGAAUGACAUUGCCAUAAAUGAACUCGUCAAGCAGUACUGCACAAACUCGGUAUUGGUGAUCAUCGAUGUGAAGCCAAAAGACCUGGGGCUUCCCACGGAGGCCUACAUCUCUGUGGAAGAGAUCCAUGAUGACGGGACCCCAACAUCCAAGACGUUCGAGCACGUCACGAGCGAGAUCGGAGCUGAGGAGGCGGAGGAGGUGGGCGUAGAGCACCUGCUCAGAGACAUCAAGGACACCACAGUGGGCACUCUGUCCCAGCGCAUCACCAACCAGGUGCAUGGCCUGAAGGGACUGAACUCCAAGCUGCUGGACAUCCGGUCUUACCUGGAGAGAGUGGUGGCCGGAAAGCUGCCCAUUAACCACCCCAUCAUCUACCAUCUACAAGACGUCUUCAACCUCCUUCCAGACGUUAAUCUCCUGGAGUUCACCAAGGCCUUCUACCUGAAGACCAACGACCAGAUGCUGGUGGUCUACCUGGCCUCCCUCAUCCGCUCGGUGGUGGCUCUGCACAACCUGAUCAACAACAAGAUCUCCAACCGCGACGCCGAGAGGAAGGAGGGCCAGGAGAAGGAGGAGGGCAAGAAGGAGAAGAAGGAUGACAAGGAGAAGAAGGACGACAAGGAGAAGAAGGACGACAAGGAGAAGGGGGACACCACCAGCAAAGACGACAAGAGGAAAAAAUGAUUAAUUUGUCGUUUUCUACGGCCGCAUCUCAAAUCGUCCGCUCUCCUCGUGCACGGUGCUCUACUCUCCGCUUCCUGGGCCGUGUCUGCGUCUGUACACGUGGCUCUGGAAAUAGAAGUAGCACUCUAUAUGAGGAACGGUGUCAUUUGAGAUUCUGCCUCGAGGUCACGAACUGCGCUCACAGGACUGUUAUUGUGUGGAAGAAGAUGGGCUGCGAGGGUCUGGUGUCUUUUGCUAUGGAAUCACGUCCAUUCGGUUUUCAUAGUCGGCUCUCGCUGAUGUAAAGCACCUCUUUUUUUUUUUGUUUUUGUAAGAUGGCUUUUUUUUUUUCUCUGUAUCGCUAAAUAAAUCCAACCUAUUAAAGUUUUUUGUUUCCAGUUACAAUUGUUUUGGUCUUCUAUGCAUGUUUUUUUUCACUUUAAUGUUUUACUCAAGAGUUAAUGUUAUUGAUUAUGUGGGUCUAGGUCGGUCCCUGCCUUGGUUUAAACGGAUCAAUACGUGGCCCGUUCAUGUGCAUCGAUGCACAGUGUCGGCUACAACGGUGUCGGUUCAUGGAAGGCCAGUUAAGUCAAUAAAGAAAGUCCUUAAUGAGGGUCAAAUAUCCCAAAAAAUAUUGGCAUAGAUGAAAUAACGUUAUUAUUUUAAAAUAUGUGUAUAUAUAUUUUCCAGCUCUUUAAUACCAUCUCUGAUAUGAACGGGGACUAAAAUGACUCUGAAAUUACAAAUUAUUAAACUAUUGAAUCAUUUACAUUUUUACGUAAAUCUUUA